AUGCCUGUAAUUUUCGCGAUUGGUUCCAACGGCUCAGGCCAGCUUGGUAUCGGCCACAAGGAGGAUGUCUCCGUACCCAAGCAAGCCAUCUUCUAUCCUGACCAGCCUGAGUCCCCCGUUGUCAAGAUUGCUGCUGGUGGAAACCACACGCUGCUUCUGACCGAGUCUGGCGAGCUCUACUGGAGCGGAGACGCAACCAGCGGAGCUUGUGGUCUGACGUCGACGGCUGAGACUAAUGAACCCAUCUUCCAAAAGAUUCAGCUCAGCAAGGACGGGCAAGAGAACAGCGCUGCUACGGUUUUGAUUGCUGCAACCUGGGAAGCCUCAGUCAUUGUUCAGAAAGAUGGCGAGGGCAAGGCGACGAAGGUAUAUAGCUUCGGUGCUGGGCUGAAGGGUGAGCUGGGUCUGGGCGAGCUGCUCGUCCGCUCCCCAUCUGCUACGCUUUUCAAGGAAUUCCCCCCAGCCGGCACUGAAGUUGUGGAUCUAUCGGCGUGUAUGGGCCACGUCGUGGCGGUUCUAAGCAACGGCGAAGCUUAUGGCUGGGGUAACGUGCGCAAGGGACAAGCUGGAAGCCCCGAGGCCGUUGUUUACUCCCCCAGAAAGAUCGAGGGUGUGGACUUCAAGGUUACCAGAGCUGUUUGCGGCAAGGACUUUACAUGUCUCUUCGGCUCUGCGGACUCUGGCAAGCUACUCGUCCUCGGGUCCGACAAAUGGAGCAUCAAGUCGUCUGCUCCGGCUUCGGUGCCUGAAUGGCAGGAUGUCGGCGCAAGCUGGGGCAACGUUUACGUCCUGAAGAAGAAUGGGGAAUUGCUGGCCUGGGGAAGAGAUGACCACGGCCAGCUCCCGCCGCCGAAUCUUCCUGUACUGUCCAAGAUCGCCAUCGGCAGCGAGCAUGUCAUUGCGUUCACAGACAAGGGCGACGUGCUUGCGUGGGGAUGGGGAGAGCACGGGAACUGCGGCCCGCAGGUCGAAAACAAUGAUGUAAAGGGACGAUGGAAUGUCAUUGCAUCGUCAAAAUUCAUUCCGUCCGGUUCUGAGAUCUCAGGUAUCGGCGCGGGCUGCGCUACUAGCUGGGUGAAUAUCAUCACUGGUUGA